CCCUCCUCCUUCCACUCCUUGAAGUACUUCUAUAUCGCAGCAUCAGAGGAUACUGAAUGGCUUUCUUCAUUCACCAUUGUUGGAUAUAUGGAUGACCAGCGGAUCUGUCAGUAUGACAGCACCGUGCGAGAAAAACGUCCUUGUGUUUCCUGGAUGAAGAAGGUGGGGAAAGACGAUCCCCGUUACUGGGAGGAUGAAACCGAGGUGUCUCAGACUGCAGAGCUGUUCUUCAAAGAGAGCCUGGUGACUGCAAGGAAUCGUUAUAACCAGAGCAGAGGGUAUCAUACCCUGCAGCAGAUGUACGGCUGUGAGGUGAGGAGAGAUGGGAGCAAAGGAGGAUAUCGACAGUAUGCCUACGAUGGGAAGGACUUCAUCAGCUUUGACAAGGAGACCCUCAGUUGGACGGCAGCUGAUGUGGAAGCCCUGACCACCAAGAGGAGAUGGGAUGCUCAGUCAUCACGCAACUACUACCUGAAGGACUACCUGGAGGGGAACUGCAUUGAGUGGCUUCAGAAGUACCUGGAGUACGGGAAGGAGACACUGCUGAGGAGAGAAAAACCAGAAGUGACGGUGACCCGGAAGGCAGAGCACGAUGGCAUGGAGACCUUGACCUGUCGGGUCAGGGGCUUCUACCCAAAGGACAUUGACAUUGAUUGGACAAGGGAUGGGGAGGUCCGGCGUCAAGAUGUCUUCCAUGGCCUGGUGUCCCCCAACUCAGAUGGGACUUACUACACCUGGAGGAGCAUCACGGUGGAACCCAAGGACAGGAAACGCUACAAAUGCCACGUGGAGCACGAUGCACUUCAAAAUCCUGUGGAUGUGCCCUGCGAGGAGCCUGCCUCCAACUUGGGGCUCAUCAUCGGGUGUGUCCUGGGGCUUCUCUGCCUGAUUUAUGUGAUGGCUGGGAUUGCUGUGUAUUUCAGUGAGUAA